AUGGUGAAAAGCGAGUUCUACGAUAUCUAUGGAUCUGGUUUCGACUCACUGUGUAUUGGAUCGGAGCGCAAUCCGCAGGUUCAUUCCCGUAUGCGAAAAUCUUUGACCGCUGCUUUCUCGACCAAGGCUCUUGUUGAGCAGGAAUCGAUUGUGCAAAGCUGCAUAGAUCAGUUUAUCGACAAGCUAGGAGAGGAAGGUACCCAAGAAAAGGGAUUAAAUAUGACCAAGUGGUUUGAAAUGCUGGCAUUUGAUAUAUUGGGUGAGAUGGCAUUUGGGGAAACUUUUCAUUGCAUUCAAAAUGGCAAGUAUGGAGUGUAG